AUGAGCUGCGGUGCAUCAGCAGGAUCAACGGCUAAUUCUCUCAGCAAUCAACCACAUAUUACUACUAAAGCAGCAGUAACGCCAUCAACAUCGUCCUCUACUGUAUUAAAUCAACAAUCGGAUUCAAAUCGUAUUCCGAAACGGGGUCGUCGAGCUGAUACAAAUGAAAUUAUUGAAAAUUUUCUUUUGAUUUGGCUUGAUGGAAAAAUUGAUGAAUCCAGCAAAGAUUAUCAGAAUUCAAUCAAACAGUUGCGACGCACCGUCAAUACUGUCGAACCAUUUCAAGAUACCGAAGAAUGUAUUGAUUAUAUUUCCAAACUUCAAGACAAAAAAGCAUUUCUUAUUAUUUCCGGUGUUUUAUGUCAAACAGUUGUGCCACGUAUUCAUAAUAUCGAUCAAAUUCAUUCAAUUUACGUCUUUUGUCACAAAAAAGAAAAAUAUGAAGAAUGGUCCAAAGACUGGUCCAAAAUAAAAGGUAUUUACACUGAAAUUACGCCAAUUUGUGACUCAGCUCAACAAUCGGCUCGACAAUGUGACGAAGAUUCAGUUGUAAUUACUGGAAUAUCAUCGUUGAAUCAAAUUGAACCGUCAUUUAUGUAUACACAACUUUUUAAAGAAAUAAUUCUUGAAAUUGAUUUCGAUAAAAAGAAAGAAAUUAACAAUCUAGCCGAGUAUGCCCGGGAGAAAUAUGCAGGUAACGAUAAACAUUUGCAAAUUAUCAAUGAAUUCUCUGAAGCAUACCCAUGUGAUUCCGAAAAAAAUAACAAGCCCAUCUGGUGGUAUACACGAGAGUGUUUCACAUACCAUUUGCUCAACAAAGCAUUGGGCACUAUGCAAGUUGAAACUCUACUCAAAAUGGGAGUGUUUAUUCGUGAUUUACAUCAAAAUAUCGAGAGAUUUCAUUCAGAGCAAACGAAUGAUAUUCAUACACUCUAUCCGGGUAAAACCAUGACCAAGAAAGACUUCUAUAGUAAAAUUCAACAAGGUGGUCUGAUGUCACUUAAUAAUUUUCUAUCAACAAGUGACGAUCGAAUCGUAGCUCUUCAUUUCAUUAACGAAGGACUCAAGUCCAACAAGGACAAAAUUGGUGUUCUCUUCAAAAUGACUAUUGAUCAAUCAAUUUCAUCGGCUCCGUUUGCCCGCAUCGAUAAAAUUAGUUGCAUCCCAAAGGAAAACGAAAUCAUCUUUUCAACACACACGGUCUUUCGUGUCCAAGAAAUAAAACAAAAACCAGAGAGUGGAAUGACAAUAUGGCAAGUUAAACUUACACUCACCAAUGAUAGUGACGACCAACAGCUCAAUGCGCUUACCGAAGAAUUCCGAGAGGACAUCACUGGAACAGGAUGGCAGGGUGUGGGUGUGGGGUGUGGAUGUAGGUGUGGGUGUGGGUGGGUGUGGGUGUGGGUGUGGGUGUGGGUGUGGGUGAGGAUCUUCUCUCCAUUUACUUCCACCCACAUCCCGCAGCCACACCCACACUCCAUACCCACACCCACACACCCACCCAUACCCACACCCUUUUAAUACUCUGCCCUACCUUAGUAUCCAUAUUUUACCUAUGUCAACUUGAAAGAAUGCCACAAUCAAAUUUGGUGUGGAUUAAAAUGAAUCGCGUACUUGACAGCAGCAACGGCAUAGAAAGUCGAAAAUAAAUCUAAUAUUAAUUGAUUUUUUUUCUGGUUAAAAAUUGAUUCAAAAUAUUAAUAUUUUAAUCAAACUGUUCAACUUUUAAUCGGUUCUAAUCACCAUGCUGAUGAAACCCAAUUUUCUGGAGAUUUAACAAGAAAACUGCAGUUUUUUUCUGGAUUUUUCGCCUUAUAUAAUUACUGUAACAAUAGGCUAACUUUCGACAUACAUCAUGCUUAAAGGUACGAUAAAAAAAGAUAGUUACUUAUGUAAAGCAAAAUGGCAAUAAAUCUAGUCCCUCCUUUUCCACGGAAUAAAAAAUCAUGGUGUUUUUUAAUGGAAUAUCAGGUCGCUCUUUCAAAAGUGGUCUUUUACAACGGAUGAGUUUUAUGCGAACAUAUGUCUAUACAAUCAAAGAUCUUUGAGGAAAUUUUCUGUAAUUCAAAUUGACGUUUUCAACAUAUACGUGAUGCGAAAUACCAGGUUUUUCACUUAGAAAAACAUCUUUAAUAGGGGAAAAAAGUGAUGUUAAUUACGAAAAAACAUUUUUUUACUCGAAAACCAAGUUUUUAUAUGCUGAACCUCACGAAACUAGCAGAAUUUUUGAAACAAAAUUUCGAAAAAUUCAUGAUUUUAUGUUACCCUUUGUAAUAUUGUUGAGUGGGCAAUCUUCUAAUAUAGAAUGAUCUUAUAUUCUUGUGAAAUGUUUGAUAAAAAGCGACUAUCUUCUAAUUGAGUAGAUCAAAAUUGAAUUAUAAUAUUGCCAUUUUAAUCGAUUUUUUAAUCAGAAAAACUAAAAUAGAGUCAUAUUUAUUAUUUUUGAUGGGCAUAAGACAAAAAUUUCUUACUCUGCUCUGUGACGGUCUCUGCUCCACAUUCAUUACGAUCAUAGGAUGAAACUGAACUUGAACAAGGCGUUAUUGAUGUUAUUAAAACUGAUGAUGAUAAAUGCAAAGAUUAAUUAAGGUUUGUACAGCUUUGACUCUAGUGACGUGAUUCAAAGGUCUAAGAUCAAUGAACAUCUUUUCUCUAGUAACGGGAGGAGGGAUGGCAAUGGAAAAAAACACUGAAUGAUAUUAUCAACAAGACUUAGAUUGUUCUAAAAUAUUUCAAAGCCUUCCUUGGACUUCGAACGGCUAGAAUAGUUUGUGAAUAUUUUAAAUAGUACGAUUUUUUUAUUUUUUUGUGCAGAUAAGUAUUUAUAUUUCAGAUGCCAAGAAUAAUAAGUAAUGAUUCAUUGAUUUGCCAUUACUAGUUAAAUCAAUAGUUAAAUAAUAAUGAAAAAACGGAAUACCAACAUAAAAAGCAAUAGGACAAACAAAAAUUACAGAGCCAAUUAAAAAAAUAAAUAAGACCGAUCAUUUCUCUCCUGAUUGAUUAUCCUUUGAAAAUAACAACAAAUAUUCACUGAAGAUUUUUCAUUUAACUCAUUUUGUAUUCGUAAAGUAUUAGAGAUUCAAAAUUUAAGAAGAAAUUUAUUUUUGUUUUAUUUAGAUAGAGCUGAUAGAGUUACAUAGGAAAAAUACUAUGUUAGAGGUUUGAAAGGGGGCUUUCGCUGAAGAAAAUUCAAAAUAAUAAGUUUUUCAAAAACAUGCAACAUGCAUGAAAUUUUAAAUAUUAUGUCAAAUCUUCGUGUUUAUUGAUGUUUUAAAAUUUCAAAAUUAAUUUUUUUGUAAUUCUGUAUGUAAACC